GGGUGAGGUGGCGGCGGGGGCGGCGGAGCAGAGUCUAGCGGAGCGGGUGCUUCGGCGGGUCUCAGACCUCAGCUGUGAGGAUACAGGGAAGGAAGCAGGCCAGGCCUGGGAGAAUGGAAGACUCACUGGGGAGGUGGCAUGUAAUCUGAAAGAAGAAACAAUGUAACUCAGUCACUCUGAAGACUGAGGUCAAGGUGAAGAGGGAGGUGGGAAGAGGAUGGCCUGGCCGAGGUUUUUGCAGAGAGGAGCUCUCCUCACCAGCUUCAGCCACCACCAUGUUGCCGUGUUCCUGCUUACUUUCUUUAGCUAUUCAUUGCUCCAUGCGUCAAGAAAAACGUUUAGCAACGUCAAAGUCAGUAUUUCCAAGCAGUGGACCCCAAAUGCUUUUAAUACCUCAGUUGACCUGCCUGCAGAGAUCUGGAGCAGCAACCACCUGUUUCCCAGCACAGAGGAAGCCACUCUUUUUCUUGGGACACUAGAUACUGUUUUUUUGUUCUCCUAUGCUGUGGGCCUCUUCAUCAGUGGCAUCAUAGGGGAUCGGCUGAAUUUGCGAUGGGUUCUGUCUUUUGGCAUGUGCUCUUCUGCAUUCGUGGUGUUUGUCUUUGGUACUCUUACGGAAUGGCUGCACUUCUACAACAAGUGGUUCUACUGCGGCCUGUGGAUUGUGAACGGCCUGCUGCAGUCCACUGGCUGGCCCUGUGUGGUUGCUGUGAUGGGCAACUGGUUUGGGAAAGCUGGCCGAGGAGUUGUCUUCGGUCUUUGGAGUGCCUGUGCUUCAGUGGGCAACAUUUUGGGAGCGUGCCUGGCUUCAUCGGUCCUCCAGUAUGGUUAUGAGUACGCCUUUCUGGUGACCGCGUCUGUGCAGUUUGCUGGUGGGAUCGUCAUCUUCUUUGGACUUCUAGUGUCACCAGAAGAAAUUGGUCUCCCAAGUGUCGGGGCAGAGGAGAGCUCAGAAGAAGAUUCCCAGAGGCCACUCAUUAAUGGUGCCGAAAAUGAAGAUGACUACGAGCCUAAUUAUUCAAUCCAGGAGGACAGGGCUGUCAUCCAAGUGAAGGCAAUAAGCUUCCAUCAGGCCUGCUGCCUUCCUGGAGUCAUACCGUACUCACUGGCUUACGCCUGCCUGAAACUAGUGAAUUACUCCUUUUUCUUCUGGUUGCCCUUUUAUCUGAGUAACAACUUCGGGUGGAAGGAAGCCGAAGCUGACAAGUUAUCCAUUUGGUACGAUGUUGGAGGCAUCAUAGGUGGGACUCUGCAAGGCUUCAUCUCCGAUGUACUGCAGAAGAGAGCGCCUGUGCUGGCCCUCAGCCUGUUCCUGGCAGUUGGGUCCCUUGUUGGGUAUAGUCGCUCUCCAAACAAUAAGUCCAUCAAUGCGCUUCUGAUGACCAUUACAGGGUUUUUUAUUGGUGGACCGUCCAAUAUGGUUAGCUCCGCUAUUUCUGCAGACUUGGGACGCCAAGAGCUGAUCCAAGGAAGCAGCGAGGCUCUGGCGACUGUCACCGGGAUCGUUGAUGGAACCGGGAGUAUUGGUGCUGCCGUGGGCCAGUAUCUGGUGUCUUUGAUCCAGGACAACUUAGGAUGGAUGUGGGUUUUCUACUUUUUUAUUCUCAUGACAAGUUGUACAAUUCUGUUUAUCUCACCGUUAAUAGUGAGGGAAGUAUUCUCUCUUGUGCAAAGGAGACAAGCUCACAUACUUAAUGAAUGACGGGUACCCACAGGAGAGAACGGACUGGGAAGCUGAUGAGGGCCCACAGGUCUUCAGUUCACUCGUGUGGAAUUCUCUGAACACUAAUGCAGCCUCAGCUUGUCAGGCAUCCUGUAACACUGCCAGCCACCCCAGACACUGGCAAGUAAGGGGUGAAUUAUUUUUGUACACUACAGCAGUUACUGAAGAUUUUUAUUACGUUUGUGAAUGUACUGAAAGGAAAACGAAUCUGCCAGCAUCUUUGUUGGGCUUGUCAGCUCAUCCCUCUAACCUUAAGUACUGGUUUUGGUCCUGGACCCUUGUUCUUCAGCCUUAAUCAAGAGCUAAAUGAGCAGAAUCAUGCAAGUUUGUAUUGAUGAGAAGACUGUGGUGUGGUGCUCUGACACCAUGUUUGCAGAGACUGGAUCACCAGUAAGGCAGAGCAGAGCUGAGUCCAGAUGCUGCUACAGGCCUGCCGGGGAUGGAACACACCUUUACCAAGGUGGAAAGAUCCCAUUAUGCUGGGACACUGUGGCUUCCGGAAGUCCUCGUCUUCUCUAGACUGGACUGGCUGUUUGCUUGUUCUCCUCCGACUUCACUCACAUUUGACAGACUCCUAGGAGCAGUCUUCCAUUCGUGAACUAUUAAGUUAGUUCAGACAUUCCAGUAUGGAGUUUUCAACCCCAGAUUCACAAUCUGGGAAGGAUAAGACUCUGAGAAGCCGUUCUAUGUAGCCUUAUUGUUGGAAGAUUGGUCUCUGUCGUAGCUGCAGCCAGGUUCCUGGAGUUAACUCAGCAGACCAGGCUUAGAGCAAAGACAAAGGCUUUUUGUCCCAGGGGUGUGAAGUGUAGGUACUGAAUCAUGUUAGUGGAUUGUUAGGGCCUGAGGCUGCCCUUUUUAGAGAUUGUAGAGUGUAUGUCUUCAAGACUAUGAAUUCUGUAUGAAUCAAUACUUUAAGAUCAUUCUGUACAUACAUUUUAAAUUAUGUAAACAAACUAGGAGGAAAAUGUACAAAUUUGAGGGACCCCUAAUUCACAUUGGGUUAGGAAAUAUCUUCCACCGCUUGCUUUAUGCUCCAAAAUAUGUAUUGAUGAACUUACAGGAAUACUGCAGAUUUCUGAGCACUUCCUGUUCAGUCACUGACAUAAAGGGAAAACACAAAACAUAGGAAGGGAGGGGAAACAACCCCCAGCUUCGGUAAUAAACGUCCAGCUGUUGGGUU